AUGAGAUUCUCUUCCCAGGCCCUUGUGGCAAUCGGUCUGGCCCCCAUCGUGGGUGGUUCUCCCGCGCCGUCCUCGGGUCUGACUGUCAACCUGGGAUACUCGUCAUACCAGGGAUAUUUCGACAGCGCCAAUGGACUAAACAUCUGGAAAGGGAUUCGUUAUGCAGCUCCUCCCGUCGGCCAUUUACGCUGGCAGCCUCCCAACCCCCCCGUGAAGAACAACAGUCGCGUUCUCCCUGCCGUUGAUCAGCCUCCCUAUUGUCCGCAGUCCGGGGCUGCAGGGACUCCCACCGUGUAUGGAUUCAACUCGGCCCCUGGCAACGAGGACUGUCUGUUUCUGAACGUCUAUGCGCCUCCCGGAGCCUCGGAUCUGCCGGUGUUUGUCUGGAUUCACGGUGGUGGAUAUGGCCUGUUUGGCGCCGUCUACGACCCCAGCCCGCUGAUGAACACCAACAACAAUGGGUUCAUCACCGUCGAGAUCCAGUAUCGUCUGGGCGCAUUUGGUUUCCUCUCGUCGCCGGAAGUCCACAGACAGGGUGCUCUCAAUGCCGGUCUCCUGGACCAGCGCUUUGCGAUGAAAUGGGUGCAGCAGAACAUCGCCCAGUUCGGAGGAGAUCCCUCGCGUGUCACCAUCGCAGGCGAGUCGGCGGGGGCUGGAUCGGUGAUGCUGCAUUCCUUGGCGUAUGCAGGAAGGGAUGCCAAUCUGUUUCAGAAUAUCAUCGCCGCCAGCCCGUACUCGCCUCCCGUUUACAACUACGACGAUGCCGUUCCUACAGGCUAUUAUCAGCAAUUCGCCGACCUUGCCGGCUGUGGUGCAUCCUCAGCGGCCAACCCCGGCAACAGCACCUUCGCCUGUCUGGUCGCUGCUCCGACUGAGGUUCUGCAGAAUGCCAGCGGGAUCGUGUCGACGUCCGCAUACUUUGGCACGUUUGCUUUCCAGCCCGUUGUAGAUGGCGAUAUGAUCCAGCAGCUUCCCUCGGCGCAGUUGGCCGCAGGAAACGUCAGCGGCCAUCGCAUCCUCGUGGGUAACAACGCCAAUGACGGUGUCCCCCUGAGCAACCCAAACAUCCUCGGCCGCGAUGCCUUCAAUGACCACCUUACCACGACAUUCCCCGACUUGACUGCGCAGGACCUCGCUCGGCUGAAUCAGCUCUAUGGCACGGCCGAUUCGAACCCGGCUGACGACGGUCCGCGCUUCGAUACGCUCGGCACAAGUGGUCCGACUGCCAAAAACCAGUCCGAGAUGGCCACUGGGUUGCAGCAGACCGUCUUCAACAUCUUCGCCGAGACAACCUUUGACUGUGCCGCGCAGUGGCUGGCCGAGGCGUUCAGCGGCCCCGGGCGACAGGCCUGGAAGUACCAGUACUCGGUGACUCCGGCCUUCCACGGCGCCGAUCUCAACUCGUACUUCAACAUGAGCGCCACCUGGCCCAGUGCCGGCUUCAACCACGCCUUCCAGAAGCUCUGGGGAAACUUCAUCAUGAACAACCGCCCUAUCAUUCCCCUGGCGGAUGCGACCGCCAACAACAACCUGUCCGUGGUGCCCGUCGGCCCCCCUGGCUAUCUCAACUGGCCCCAAUAUCGCCUGAACGCGACCUGGCAGUUGGAUCUCAACACCACCGGAGGCUUCGUCACCCCGGUCGUGGUGACCCCCAACCUGACCUACUAUGUCCGCCAGGGCAAUGAUGUCGUCAACAACUUCCGGCUGGUGGAUGCCCACACCUGGGAGGGCGGACGGGGCAUGCGCUGCUCCUUCUGGCGCUCUGUUGCGUCGCGCGUUCCCUUUUAA